AAGUUACUGAAUUGAAGCCCCGGCGUGGGGAAAGAAACCAAUUGGGGCUUCGGCGGUCACGGGAAAAUGCCGCUGAUUUGGACGGAUUGGAUUUAUCCAACGCUUCCUUUAUUCCCUUUCUCAGUCUUACCAUACAUUCCCUUCCUUUACAUCUUUAUCGCCAGUAAACUUCUUGACUGAUUUGAUGUGCAGAGCUUAAAUUCAGCCUUUCCUUCGUAUAUGAGCGUCCUGGCGAUGCGACCGACAGUGCAUUGUUGACAUUGAUCUUUUUUACUUUCCCACCUCCGCCCCCCCCCCCUUGUCACCUUCCGCACCCUUGCAGCUUCCAUCUCAACCGCUGAAAUCCUCCUCCAUAUUAACUCGUGCAACCUGUCAUUCUUUUCUCCUUUGAAUACUCUCUUCUUCCUCUUUUGUUUGCCCCCUUUCUCCCCCAUCAUCUAGCUGUGUAUGAAUCAUGCCGUCCAUUCCACCAUCUCCCCUGAGGCUGUCUCACCGCCAUAAUCAGAGUCAAUCCAGCAUCGACUUUGAUCUCAUCUCUCCGGGCACUUAUGCUCCAAAUGGAUUCUCUCAAAGUCCUCCAAGGUCGCCUCAAUCCCCUCGCUUUUCAGGCCCUUCGUCUCCGGCCCGUAGACACCAUGCGCAAAGCCUAAACGGAUCUCUCAGGAUGUCGGGUGACUUUGGAGGUGCUGCGGAUAUGGGCGGGGGUGGUUUGGGAAACCUUGCAGACGAGCUAGCUGAUGCCUGGGAGCAGGAAGAGGGUGGCUAUGGGUAUGCGUCUGGGCAGGAGAUCGAACAUAUCCCCGUGGGUUCACAACCUAUGGACCGCAGCGACUCCGAGGAUGGCUAUCACAUGGGUACGAGGACCCCUUCGUCGGGGUAUUCGUCCGAGCGUGCUUCCCUACACCCUCCAAGGCCCAAGACCCGUAAUGGUGGCCAUCGACAUCGCCGACACGAAUCGCAGUAUGACGGUUCGGACUACGGCAAUGACUCGGACCUGGAGGAGGCUGCGGACAUAUCGCCAAGUCUGGAGAUGCAGAUGGCGGAGAUCGAAAGCUUAGCUCGGCGGGGUAUUGAAAACAAUGGGAGCGAGAACGAUCAUGUCAUUGCUCGGGUGGUUGAGGCACUCCGGGAUCUUGGUGGUCAAAGUGGCAUCGAGAACAAUGCCAUGAGACUUAUCACAGCACACUCUUCCAUUACUUCACAUCUCACCCACCAAACUCGGACUCUACAAACACUCACCCACCCUCUCCUUUUCUCCCCUUUCCCCCUCCUUUCCACAGAUGCCAUAGAUUCCCUGGUCCCUCUAAUCGACGACGAGCUCUUACCCAACCUUCCUUAUCCUUUGCCGGGACAGUCCCGUCAUUCUUCAAGACCCGCAACACCCUCUCACUCUGCCCUGGACCCGCUCUUUUCUCUCCAAUCACUCGUAUCCCAAACGUCCGAAAUCACGCUCUCUUUACAAAGCUUGAGCGAUACGCUUUACGAAUCACGUCAGCUGACAGCCACUGCCUCCCGAAGACUGCGAUCUGCGCGCGAACUGGUUGCCGAACUUCGCCGUGAAGAAGAAGGUCGUGAAGAGGGCACCCGGUGGAUUGAAAAAGGCGAUUGGGAUCGCCGUCUGCGAGACCGGGAAGCCGGACGCGUCUGCGGAGACGUCGUCAGCGGCUUCGAAGCCGUGUGCGGGGAGUGGAGAGAAAGACUCUUUGGGGCUGCUGGCGCAGAAGCCGCCGCUGCCGUCGCUUGAACCAACUCAUGACUUGUUCGUCGUCCUUUCUCCCCUUCGACAAAAGGGAAUUUCUACCACAGUUGAAAAACCUCACGAUAAAAACUCUUCGCCACAUGAAUUAUCUGCGAGAUAGUAGAGGCUGCGACAUACCCCCUUUUUACUUUUCACUUUCCCUUUUCUAAGUAUAUAGAUCUUCAUUCCCGUCGUGCACUUAUUUUCUUUGUUUUGACCUAUAUUCUCAAUGCCUAAAUCCAGUGUGAGACAUACAUACAUACACACAACCUUAUCUAUCUCAUUUAUUCGGAUCACUUAACAACCACCCUCUCCAACCUCAUUAGAUCCGCCUUCCUUAUUUAUCCUAUCUUCUUUGUCCUUUCUCUUCGCAGGUCGAGAUAUACUCUUGCACGGCUUUUGCCAUUUUCUUGCUUCUUGUUAAUUUCUUUGAUUUGUACAGUACGGAGUUCAAAAGGUGUGAAUCAGAUAAAAUAAGAAUGCCAUGAAGUUACACAACUAUUAACAAUCAG